AAGCUGUGUUAUCGUUGGAAAUUUAUUACCAUUGAAGAAACGCUCUUUCGGUUCUAAUUACAGAAGACAAAAGGAGAAGAGGACCGCGGCCACAGAACGACGUAGAACACCGAAGAGUCCCAGGGUAGUAGACACAAGGAAGGUCGUACGUGAGGAACGAACGCGAAAACGAUGGUCGCCCUCCCGGGAAUGCUCGUCACGGCACUCACCGUCUCCCUCGUCUACCUUCUGCCACUCUUCGGUUCCUACUGUCACACGGCACCAGCUGUGGCCAGGUUGACCAGCGGCUGGAACGCGGUGAGCGGGCAGAAGUACAAGCUGACGAAGACUUUGCUCUUCAGCGAGGCUGCCCCGUCGAGAUCCAGCGGGGACGUUGGCUUGAGACUGACCAGUGAGCUGGACGUGACCGCCGUUUGGCAGUAUCCCAACAAUCCCGACGUCGUUUUGCUGAAAAUCGAGAUUCAGUCACCACAGCUAUGGAUCAAAUCUCGCAGAGCCCCAGAGCCGGAAGGUUUCGUCGAGCAUUCGUCCAGGGUGGACAUUGUCGGCGAGAAACCGUUGCUACUGCUCUGGCGAAACGGCGAGAUACUAGCGAUCUACAUGGACGAAUCGGAGACCGUGUCGUCGGCCAAUUUGAAACGUGGCCUGGCUAGUCUCUUCCAAUAUAGAGUAUUCGACGGCGAGAUCCAAGAAAAAGACGCGUCCGGUCUCUGCAACGUCACCUACCAAUCCUUGGGCCCGGAGACAAUAACGAAAACCAAGAAAUCCUGCGAGAAGACCACUUUGCCAGCCAGGAAACGCCAUCCAAAUCCACUUUUCCGUGUGAAUGUCGUCAGUGAACAUGCUUCCACGUACGAACUCACCAAUUCCCUUCUUCCAAGCAUGGUUCACGCCGAGGAAAAGCACAAAAUGAUGCUAGCGGCGAGCCCAGAAAUCGGUACCAUUGUUACGUCUGCAAGAACACUUGAACUGGUCCCAGGUGUCUUGGAAACGAAAACUGUGACAGGUGAUAGCGUGGAAGAAGCUAUCACUUUUAUAGGGCCGGCGUUCAGAGAGAGGAGCAUCGAGCUUCAAUUGGAGCCCACCACGUGUCCUGACGGUGGAUGUCCAACGCUUGAACAAACGAUCGAAGAAUACCGUAGCGCCCUCGAGAACACCGCAUUGGGCACUGCAAAAUCCGCUUCGGCGUUCCUGAAGUUGGUACCUCAAGUCAAGUCCGCCUCAUCGGAGGAGCUCCUCAAGAUACUGAAGAGUCCACGAUACCGUCAGUUAAAAACGCAGCUAUUAGACAUUAUUGGAUCUACGUGCACGGUGGCGGGUCAUCAGGCAGCGAUGAAAGCCUUGAAACAGGACGACGUUGGCGACGACACCGAACGGUACCUGUGGGCACUGUCGCUGUCGCCAACACCGAACGCAGACGUCGCUAAGGACAUACUGAAACGAUCCGAGGAAACGAUACAGAACGACAAAGUGUCUGAAACAUUGGCUCUAACCGCGGCAACAAUGGCUCGUCACCUGGAAUCACCUGUCGUCGUUGAAAAAGCUAGAGUCAGCUUGGAGAUCGGUCUAGACAGUUGCACCGGGGAGGAGUGCAAGCUGAAGUUCUUAAGAGCUCUCAGAAACCUAAGAAGCAAAGCUUCGAUUCCGACUUUAUUAAAAUUCGCGAUCAGUGAAAAUCGAGCUAUAAAUGUGGCCGCCUGGAAGGCGCUUUCUGCUUUGCCCAAGGAUUUUGUGACAGAUGAGGUGAAGACAGUAGCAAAGAGAGUCUUCUACCAACUUAACGGGCCUAAGAGAGACAGUACCGCUAGAACCCUCGCGUUAGAUAUAAUUCUCCAGAGUAAUCCUUCCAAGGAGGACAUUUCAGAUCUGGUGAAAUACUUGGCAGGCUCCGAUCCGGCGUAUGAAGUCCGAAAGUACUUGAGCGAACGUUUCGAGCAGCUAUCCGGAAAGAACCCUCAACUGGCAGCUGACCUGGACGCGAUUCUGAAAGAACGUGGAAGGAACGUGGUCAACUAUAACGUGUACUCGCAACGUGGCCUGAGUACAGCGUUCUCAAGGAGCUUCUUGAAGUCACCGGACAGCAAUGGAUCUUUGGUGACUGUCCAGGAAAUCAACGCGGGAUUACUAAAACGAGGAAUCGUCGAUGUAGUGUUGGAAGUGGAUGAGCAUAAAGAGGCUUUGUUCUCUCUAGGACUCUUUACCGCUGCGCUGGGAAGCUUCGUUUCAACUACAAGCCAAGAGGAAGACUCUCAGGAGGACGAUCUACCCACCGCUGGGAUGGAGGUGGAUUUUCUAGGCGUAGGCAUCAGACCAUUUACUUUCUUUUCUGGGCAAGGAGAGUUGAUGAGUCACGUGUGGUCUGGUACUGCCUCCGAACGAACUCCAGCCUUCCAGGCUCUGUCUUCCGUUUACAGCUUCAGCGAAUACAUCCCGUUGGCCUCUGGCAUGGUAGCAGAGAUCGACGUUCAGGGUGCAGUGAGCUUCGACCUCGCUGGACAAAUUCAGCUCAGUCUUUGGUCCAGAAACGCUAAAUCCUCGGUGGAUCUGAAAUCUGGCGUAGUGAUACAAGGUGGUACCAAAGUGCGCUCGGACUUCGUGCAGAGUAUCGCCGAGUUCUCAAUGACGACGGAGCCGAAACUGGAGCUGGCCACUGAUGUAGAAUUCUCCGGACCAUUGUCUUUGUGCGUGAGGCUCAGCCAACCAGAGAACACCGUCAGAUAUCAGGUUUACAAGAUCGAGAGAAUAGCUGGCAGCAGGCACAAGCUGAGGAAGACCAGGAGAAUGAGGUUUCAUAAUCCGGGCAGGUCGUAUCUGUUGAACAGGAAGAACAACGAGAUGUGCUCGAAGGUGUUUAGUUGAUUUUGAAGACUGAUCGUUUUUGCGGAACUUGAUAAAGUUUAUGAAGACAGUUUUAUCGAAUAUAUUAUUUGUUGUCCUUCGUAACGUGUGGCGUGUUGAAAGUGGCAUCACGUGCGAUCUGAUGGACGCCCGUUGUAUACAUAGGUGUAAUGUAUUUUUAUACUGUGCGCGCAUCCUUCCGUGCGACGCGAUUCGCGGACCAGUCACUGUUUCAUUGAUAAAAGUCACUCAGUCUUUCCAGCUAGCAGUAUCUGUUUUUCUUAAUCUGACUGCAUUUACGCGUAUA